AUGCUGCUUUCCUUUUUUCUAAAGUGGAUCAACUGCGAUAUUAGAUUGCUUGACAUGAGCAUUCUGGGAAAGUUUGCUGUGAUUAUGGCUGAUCCCCCUUGGGAUAUUCACAUGGAAUUACCAUAUGGCACUAUGUCAGAUGAAGAGAUGCGGCGAUUGGAUAUACCUUGUCUGCAGGACGAUGGCUACAUCUUCCUCUGGGUAACUGGCAGGCGAGUCUUAGCUCAACUUAUGUUUCAUUCAGUUGAUUACAUUAUGCCUUUGCAUUCAGGUCAGAUAUGA